AUGAACCCGCCGCCGCCGCCACCACCCACACCCAAAAAGGAGGUUCAACUCCACGGCCCACGCCCCUCCCCUCUCAAAGUCAACAAAGAAUCGGUCAAGAUCAAGAAGCCACCACCACACCCACGCCCAGACCCAAACCCAAACCCAAACCAACAUGCAGAUGUCGAACAGCGCCAGCCAGUGGUGAUCUACACGGUGUCUCCUAAAGUCAUCCACGCAACAGUGAGUGAGUUCAUGUCCUUAGUCCAACGCCUCACCGGGCCUUCCCCUUCGUCCUCCCCCGGCGACGGCGGACUCUCACCGGCUGCAAGACUCGCCUCCAUCCACAAAACAAGCCCCAAUUCUUCUUCAAUUUCAGAUCACAAUCGGCCCUUGAUGCCCAACAUCACUACUUCUUACCACGACGACUUCAUGGCAAGUAUUUUUAAUAAUCUUGAAGAUCAAGGAAGAGGAGAUGAAAUGGGUCAGUUUUCGGGCAUAUUGUCUCCUGCCCCGGCGACUUUGCCGCCCAUCAUCCCAAAUGGGUUUUUCUCUCAUCAGCAUGACGUCCUUAGCAGUCCAUUUCACAGUUGGCAGGGAAUUGGAAACAACAACUUCAAUUUCAUGCCUAGCCCUGGCCCUGCUUCAGCCCCUUUGAUUUCUCCAAGUCCUUCUUCGUGGGACCUGUUUAACAAUUUCUUAGACUACUUUUAG